AUGACCAACCAUUUGCAUUCGCGGCUGCCUCAAACUGACGUCGGUAGACAUUCCAAGGUGUUCGGCAAACUUGCCUUGCACUUCUUGAAUUCUCUCCUCCAGGGUAAAAAUCGGUUUUUCCAACUCGCAAGAUUUUCCAUAAAUUUAUUUUCCAACUCUUUUUUUAAAUUGGCAGUAUUUUCCAAAAACUUCUCUCCUAAUUUGGCUGUACUUUCGUCUUUCCUCCUAGGUUGGCACAAUUUUCCACGAGCUUGUUUUCUAACUUAGUCGAAAGGCUUUGCAGCAUUAAACCAAUAUCCCUUGCACCGGUAAAAAUGAAAAUAUCCGGGUCGUCACAUUCCUCAAUCAGUGACGAAGCCGCUCCUGUAAUUCUGCUUUCUUUCCAGCAGUGUGGCACUCUCUUUCCACCAGCUCUCUCUUCAAAUCGGCAAUUUUCAAAUCAACCAAUUUCGCCAUUCUUCCUUCACUGAUCGUCCGUUUUAUUUUCACCAAAUGUCCAAUAAUCCACACCCCACACCUGACACCAAUGUAGCAUUUUCCUGGGUUCUUUUGGGUGUGUAUUAAAACACUGGAUUCCACAAAAAGAAAUGCACUAAUUUAUUUAACUUGAUAAAACAUUUAUAUACACCACUAUUUAUGU